CCCCUCUAUUUAUAUAACUUUCCGGCUUCGCUUAAAUUUAGCCUCACCACAGCCGCCCCUGCAUAACCAAAACACGUUAGAGAAGAAACGUUUUUAGUUUUAGAAUACAUGCAUAUCUAUAUAUAGAAGAUAUAUAGAAAAACGUAGCAGUGAAGAGAAAACCCACCAAAACCGAAAAUGCAGGGAGUUAUGGUGCGGAAAGCCGUAUCAUCCGCAGCAAGAAAUUCUGCGAUAGCGCAACGCUGCUUUUCUCAUUCACGGGUAGCUCAGAAGGAGGCCCCUCUCCAAAAGGAUGACGUCUCUGUUCCGAAAAUGCCCCCCUUCGAUUACUCUCCUCCACCGUACAAUGGUCCCUCCGCCGGCGAGAUCUUGGCGAAGCGGAAGGACUAUCUCAGCCCUUCAUUGUUCCACUUAUACAAGAAACCCUUGAACGUCGUAGAUGGGAAGAUGCAGUACCUGUUUGACGACGAAGGGAGGAGAUACGUGGACGCUUUCGGUGGGAUUGCAACGGUGUGCUGCGGGCACUGCCACCCGGAUGUGGUGGACGCCAUCAUCAAACAAACCAAGCGCUUGCAGCACUCCACCGUCCUCUACCUCAACUCAGCCAUCGCCGAUUUCGCGGAGGCCCUCGCCUCCAAAUUGCCUGGCGACCUCAAGGUGGUGUUCUUUACGAACUCUGGGACGGAAGCGAAUGAGUUGGCUAUAAUGAUGGCCAGGUUGUACACAGGAUGCCAAGAUAUAAUAUCUUUGAGAAAUGGGUAUCAUGGAAACGCAGCGGGGACGAUGGGGGCCACCGGACAGAGCAUUUGGAAAUUUAAUGUCGUGCAGAGUGGAGUUCAUCAUGCCGUGAAUCCAGAUCCGUAUAGAGGUGUUUUUGGCUCAGAUGGUGAAAAGUACGCAAAAGACGUCCAAGAUCUUAUCGACUAUGGAACUUCUGGCAAUGUGGCUGCCUUUAUAUCUGAAACAAUUCAGGGUGUGGGGGGAAUUGUAGAAUUGGCCCCUGGAUACUUGCCGGCUGUUUAUGGCAGUAUUAAGAACGCAGGAGGCAUCUGUAUUGCUGAUGAGGUUCAAUCUGGGUUCGCUAGAACAGGGAGUCACUUUUGGGGCUUUGAGUCCCAAGGUGUCGUGCCUGACAUAGUGACAAUGGCAAAGAGCAUUGGAAAUGGCAUUCCCCUCGGGGCGGUGGUAACCACUCCUAAGAUUGCAGAAGUAUUGACUCGCCGCAGUUACUUCAACACCUUUGGUGGGAAUCCAGUAUGUACUGCUGCAGGACUAGCAGUUUUGAGAGUGAUCGAGAAAGAAAAUCUUCAGGAGAAUGCACUUCUUGUGGGGUCUUACUUGAAAGAUAGACUAAUGGCAAUGAAGAAUAAAUAUGAAAUUAUCGGAGAUGUGAGGGGAAGAGGACUUAUGCUUGGAAUUGAACUUGUCACUGAUCGUCAAGAGAGAACUCCUGCAAAAGCUGAAACUCUGCAUGUAGUGGACCAGAUGAAAGAAUUGGGAGUAUUGAUCGGAAAAGGGGGAUUCUACGGAAAUGUGUUUAGAAUCACACCUCCUCUCUGCUUCAACAAGGAAGAUGCUGAUUUCCUUGUAGAUUCGAUGGACUACGUAAUGUCGAGGAUGUGAAGCGCUAGCUCCAUCUAAAUGCCGACAAAAGUUGUCUGCUUGUCUAGAAUUGAUGAAUUGUGGUAUCAUUUCAGCUACUGUGAGUGAAAAAUUAUUAUAAUAUAUAUAUAGAGACCAUGCGGGUUUCUGCUUGAAUAAGUUGCUAUAUAUGAUCUUUAAAAACGAUGAGUCAACAACUCGUUGUCUCUCGAGAUAAUUCUCUCAUGUCUUCAGUUUGGUGGUCUUAUAUAUAAAUAU